AUAGAAAAUUAAAACAAGAUCCACCUCGAACACCCAUCCCCUUUCUUCUCUCUCUCUCCAAAACUCGAAUCUUUCUAGAUUGAGAGGGUCUGAUCCAACAUCAGCGACAACUACUGAUUUCCAUGUAAAUUCCCUGAAUUGGGUUUUUGAUUUGAGACAGAAUUUGCCAAGUAUACCCUAGUAGAAAUGAGGGAAGAUGAGUCCAAUUGGUUUUCAAAGUGGGAAGAACAACUGCCGUCGCCGGAAGACCUUAUGCCCUUAACUCAAACCCUAAUCACUCCUGAUCUAGCAAUCGCCUUUGAUAUCCGGAGCCCACAUAACCUCCACUCACCUUCACUUCAACACCACCAACAACCACCACCGAUUUCAACCCCUUCUUCUCAACCCAAUUCCGGGGAAUUUGAUUCCCCUGAACUCGGCGGAGGUGGAGCCGGCGAUGAACCAGCUCGCACCCUCAAACGCCCACGUCUCGUCUGGACUCCGCAGCUUCACAAGAGAUUUGUCGAUGCUGUAGCUCACUUAGGGAUCAAAAACGCCGUACCCAAAACCAUAAUGCAGCUCAUGAGUGUUGACGGGUUGACUCGCGAAAACGUCGCUAGUCAUCUCCAAAAAUACAGACUUUACCUCAAACGUAUGCAGGGUCUUUCUUCCGGUAGUGGAAACGGCUCCGGUGGAGAUCCUGCCACCGAUCAUUUAUUUGCGAGUUCUCCGGUGCCAGCUCAUUUUCUGCAUCAGGGUCGUCCGAAUUCCGACCACUACUUACCCUACGUCCCUGUCGCCGCCCUACAACAGCAGCACCACCACCAGCAGAUGGCUGCUGCCGCAGUCGUCGCCGGACAUCAUCAUCCUCAAUUGCAGCCUCGGUAUGGGCAAAUUGGGCAUUUUGGGUCGCCGCGAAAUGGGCAAUUUGAGCAUCCAUUUCUUAAUAGACAAUCGCAUUCACAUUCGCAUUCGCAUUCGCAGCAACCCAUUCAUAGGGUAGGGACUCCAAUUCAUAAUUCUGUUCCAUCAUCUUAUGUUGAUGAUCUUGAAUCAGCAAAUGGUAGAAAAGUUCUGACUUUAUUUCCAACCGGAGAUGAUUGAUUGACUUUUGGGGUGAUGAUGAAGUCAAAGUCAAAGGCAAAAUACUUGAUAUAUUGAGCUCGAACAUGAGAACUAACAAAGAGAAUCACUGCGAGCUUAUAUUUGCAGACAGCAAUGGUAAAUUUGAUACUGGAUUGCUCGGUAAAUUAUGUUUUUCAAUUCUGUAAGCCUUCUACUUUUUUUUUUUUUUUUUGUUAUCAAUCUAGUUUAGCUUUGUAGAGAUGAGUUCUACUUUGUUGUAAAUUGUGGGUUUAUCAUAAACUUCAAAACUUGUUAUAUUGGUGGAUCUUUUCAGGGGAUAAUAAAUAUUAUUCUAGUUUAACAAGCUCUAAAUUCCUGAA